GCUCUCCACUAGUAUCAGACAGAUUUGGUGAUGAUGCCAUUGGUUGUGGCCAUCGUGGGAGAACAGUGAUAGAAGAGAGACCCAAGUUUAAUAUUUUCUUGAUGCCAAGUGUUUGACCUCARUGGUAACUGCUCAAUUUUUUUAAUGACUAAUCAUUAAUUAUCAUGCAGUGUAUCCCCUUAGUCUCACCUCAGUCGACAUGUGCUGUCUAGGAGCACACAGUAUACAGUUUCUCUUCAUUUUAUGAUAAUUUGACUCCUACCAGCUUUUACUUUCUAGAAAUAGAUCAAGGAGCUUUGCUGCCAGGCCCAUGGAAUUUUCUGAAACUGAAAAUGCAGAAGUUAAAAGUCAAUAUUGGACACCGAUGAUAAAGCGGAAACCUAGUCUGUCCAUUGAGAGCAUGCCCUCAGAAAUUCUGCUGAAGAUAUUUUCCUAUUUGGAUGCCGUGUCCCUGUUGUGUGCUGGCUGCGUGAGCAAGCGCUUCUAUGAUCUGGCCAAUGACAAUGGUAUCUGGCUGAAAUUAUACUCCAGUUGUUUUCCACCAAAAAGAAUGAUUUGGAAAAUAAAUCCUGCUGAGACAGAAACCAUUUCCUUGGGCUGUGCUACUCCACAGGGUAGAAGGCCUGGAUACUGGAAGAAAGAAUACAUCUUCAGACAAAUAGCUGCUGUCAAAGCUAGAGUAAUGCAGCUUGUUAAACCYGUAGAUCCUCAAACAGGUCUUCCAUGUAAAAACAGGGAAGCUAUAAGAGCGUCUGGCUUGAGCUGGGUCAUUGUUCUGAAGGACACAAGUGGAAAGGAACAUGUAAUGGAGCAGGCAGAUCUAUCAUUUAAGGACACGUCUGUUACUAUAUUCUGGUAUAGUGCACACUGGCCGUGCUUGAACAUCUUAUCAACCCUAGAGCUAUGUGGAGUGACUCCCCUGCUUCCCAACCAAAACAGAGGUGCCAACACAAACGGACCUCGUCGACGUUCCCUGAUUGCCAAGUACAGCCUUUCUAACCUGACUAAAACCAGUGUAGCACUUGGUGCUGAUAAGCUUGUCCAAGUCUUUUGUCUGAAUCCAGGACUCUUACUAGGACUUUGGAAGGGAAAAAAUGAAAUUGCUUUUGUUACGGCGAGUCUUCAUUAUCAUCAACUUCUUGAGAAGAGCACUUUGGGUUCUGCUACUCUACAAUAUGUCCUUUUACCAAAUGAACCUGUACUGGAUGAUGUAGACCCAGAAUAUGGACUGCAUGACUACAACYUACAUCUGGAUAUGCACAGUGGGACCCAUACUUGCAUGUGUGGAACAUUCAAGAGCCUCUUCUGCAGAAAAGGUGACAUUCAAAACGGCUAUUUGAGGCUAACGGUUGUAAGCGUAAAGGAUAAUGCGAAACACUUGCCUAUUAUUGGGACAGUUGGCUUAUCCUGGAGAACAGAUGCACUUAAAGGCCAUGUAAAGGACUGCUACUUGAUGGAUGUUACUGUCUUGGAUGAAACCCGAAAGCCCUUCUGGUGUUUCAGUGCUCCCGUCAACAUGGAACUGUCUUCCAGCACAUCUGGUCUUUAUGACUACAUGGGCCACAUCUACACCACAGAGUAUGCGGAUUCGGAGGGGAAAGUCAGUGUUGACUUGGUGUGGUUGGAAGAAACCAAGGAAUAUUUUGUUAUCAACCUCGUUCUUUACAUAAGCACCAAAAAGGUUAACAGUUGGUAUGGAACAAAUUAUUGAUUUAACUGAGUAUUUAAUUUCUUUGCUUAAAAAAAGAAAUAAAUAUAUGUAUAUAUAUAUUUGAUGUUUAAAAUUGAUGUUUAUUAGCAGCACUGCUGCUGCGAGUUUUGUGCCAUUUACAUUUCCAGGAGCUAAAGUACAGUUGCAUAUAUUUAUUUUAACUGCAAUUGGAAGGAAGGGAGAAAGAUGUUUAAUGGUUUUCCUCCUGAUUGAACAUUUUCUGGUUAGUCUUUUUUGUCAUAUUACAGAUUAUUUUUAUACAUUCUUUUUAGUAUAUAUGAAUACAUUUCUGAGAAUGAUAAACUUUAUGCCUAAAAUAGUUAAGCACCAUGCGUGCUGUUCCCUUCUGAUUCAUUGAUAUUAUACAUUGAAUUAUUGAUAAGUAAUUCUUGAUAAAUGGAGAAAUACUAUUUUUGAAAGCCCAAGUACUCAAAUACACUAUGGUAGGGCAUUUAGAGGUGGAAUAGAUCUCCCAGAUGUGAAUAACAGCGCAGCGAGGCGCUUGUGUGAGAUCCCCUGUGAAAUGCCCAGGCUUCUGUUYGGUUCCCCUUGUUCUCACCUUCUCUGCGAUGCAAACCUGGGCACUUGCUUCGUGUUUUGGCCCUUGGAUGAUUGUCCCGAUUCGGAGAAGAGCUGAGCUGGCAGCCGGGCCUCCUGAAUGGAGCUGUCAUGGAYUGCCUGAGCAACAAUGAAUUACCUGGCACGGUGUAUCCGACAGUGGGUGCCCUGAGGAACAGCAGGCUCACCUUCCUGGUGCCUCAUGUUGCUCCAAGUGGCUUUGGGACCUCAUCUGCUCCCUGCUGACCAGAGUGAUGGCAGUGUCACUUUUCCUACUGGUUCCAGACCAGGGUAAAUCUGUGCAGUGUCACAGCACGCUGUUAAGAAUAAAGCACAGCUGUGCUGUUGGUUUCUGCGACUGUUUUGAAUUGACUUGCAUCCAAGGUAAUUUGUCUGUGUUCUUCUGUUUAUUUAAGUAGAUUUAUUUGUUCAUGUAAACAGUGUCUGUGUGUARGUGCUUGAUAUGAAUUGUUUCUUAAUGCAGCUUUCAAAGGUAAUGAAUUUAAGGAUGAUUCAGUUCCAGUUUGAUUUGUAAUCUUGCCUAAUGAAGAAAUAAAAACAUUUCU